UGCGCGUGUGUUUCUUUUCAAUAUGGACCAAGACCAGGACAUCGACCCCAACCAUCGCCACAAGUGGCUGAAUUAUUCGGAAUCCUCGCUGUGUUCGUCGACACCAUCGGAGAUCGAAUCUAGUCACACUACACCCACAUACGAGACUCUGGACUGGGACGGUCCCAAUGAUCCACGCAACCCUUACAACUGGAGUGGCAGGAAGAAAUGGGCGACGGCGACUCUGCCUCUCCUCGGUACCUUCGCUCUAACGCUCAACAGUACUGCCCAUACUAUUGCCGCACGUGAAAUCAGUGCCGAUUUCAAUGUGCUGGAUACACCUGACUUCACAAACACCUAUUGGACGGUGUUCAGCUGGAGCAUCGGCGGAGCGGUCUUCGCGCUAUUCCUUCCCUUGCUGGAGGACUUUGGUGUGAGACGCCCGUACAUGCUCUUCUACGUCCUGUUCUUCGCCAUGGUGAUAGCACAGGCAUUGGCCCAGAACUUCGCCACGCUGGUCGUUACACGGUUCAUUGGCGGUGGUUGUGUGGCCGUCUUGGCCAACACCAUCGUAAGUAUGAUCCCAGAUCUCUGGGCGACGGCCGAAUACACCAGCUCUCCAGUCGGACUGUACAUCCUGCUUUAUGUGGCUGGCAAUACCUCUGGUCCUGUGUUGUUUGCACCGGUCAUGCAGUACAUCGGAGACUGGCGCUGGAUCUUCUACAUUCAGUUGAUAGUAUACGGCGCAAUGGGGCCACUGUACCAGUUUUUGUUGCCCGAAACCCGUGGACACAUUCUCCUCGGCUAUGAGGCAAAGCGCAUUCGGAAAGAGACGGGGAAGCCGGUGUUCACUGCACAACAACGAGAUGCACUUCCAAUCCGACGACGAUUACUUGAGUCAGUGACGAGGCCUCUGUACCUGCUCGGUACUCAGCCCGUCCUGCUUGCCUGCGCAGUCUGGAGUGCAUUCGCGUUCGGACUCGUCUUCGCGUUCACGCAGUCCACAGAACAAGUUUUCAGAGAGCUGUACGGUUGGACGUCAUAUCAGUGCGCAUAUGUGCAAGCUGCGAUUGUAAUUGGCGAGAUCCUCGCGUGGCCUGUCACUCGGUAUGGCAGCCAUCUCUACUUCAAGUCUGCAAAGCGAAACCGGGAGCAUCCUGGCGAGCCCAUACCUGAAGCCAGAUUAUACAUUAGCGUCUUUGGAUCUUUUCUAGGAAUCACAGCCGGCAUGUUUGUGUACGCCUGGACCUCUUACCCGUUCCUCCCCUGGUAUGCACCAGCUAUCGGGUUGGCCAUGGUGGGCUUUGGCAUACAGAUUGUUGUUUGUGUCAUUGCAGAUUACGUUGUAGAUCUGUAUGCAGCAUCUGGGUAUACUGGCUCUGCAAUAGCCGCAGUGGUGGCAGUAGAACAGUCUGUCGCUGCUGCUUUGCCUUUGGCACAGGCCAGCAUGUAUACCAAUCUGGGGUUCCAAUGGGCCAGCUCAUUACUUGGAUUUAUUGGAUUUUUGUUGGGCUUUAUCCCACUGGUGUUCAUUUGGCAGGGCAAAAAUCUGCGAGCAAAAAGUCCACUCCUCAUGGGAAGCGGCGGGCAUUCGGUGGGAACGAAGUCAUAGCGUUAUAGCAUAGCAAAAGCGGCUCUGUAUAAUAUUAUGGCUCUAUAGUAACCUUGUAUGACUAGUUCUAAUGAGACGAAC